AUGUUUGGGAUUCUAUUUGGGUGGAGAAAAGCUUCAAAAUGUAAGAAGCUGGUCGAACAAGCUCUGUGCCGGCUUAAGAUGCUCAAGAAGAAGAGAUAUUCAAUUGCUAGGCAAUUACGUGAAGAUUUGUUUGAGCUGAUUAGCAAUGGCUAUCAACAGAUCGCCUUCAACAGGGUGGAGCAGCUUGUUAGAGAUGAAAGCUUGAUGGAGGCAUAUGAUUUGAUUGAGAACUUCUGUGAAUUCAUCCUGGUGAAGUUCUCCCAUGUCAGGAAGAACAAGACAUGCCCAGAUGAUCUUAUGGAAGCAAUUUCAAGUCUCAUAUUUGCCUCUGCAAGAUGUGGGGAUUUUCCUGAGCUUAAACCGGUUCGAAAGUUCUUCGAGGAGCGUUACGGACAGCGUUUUGCCAUGGCUGCUGUGGAAUUGCAUCCUGAAAACCUUGUGAAUCCACAGAUCAAAGAGAAGCUUGCAAUGAAGGCUGUUUCAGAUGAUGAGAAGCAAAGAUUAAUGAAUGAAAUAGCUAGAGAUUGCUUUCAUCCAGCAAUUCUGGCUCUUGAAUACUGUCCAGAUUGGUAUCAAGAACAUGGCUUAGACAGAACCGACGAUCGCUUAUCUUAUGAAGUAACUAUCGGUUAUCUCAUCGACAAACAGCAGCCAUAUUAUGUUCAUUCCGAGUGUAGAACGGAUGAUCAUGUCGAUUCUAUUCGGUCUCCGACGAUUAAUCGUUUAGAUUAUGAUUGGAACGACGAAUUCGUUUUCGAUUCGUAUUCGAUUGGAAGUAUAGUUUACAAUGUUUUUGUGUACCCUCAUUGGCAGCCAGAUGAAAACAAGUAUCCGAGGCACGUUCAUCCGAAGCUGCCCGAUUACGACGAAAUCGCAGGGAAAUUCAUAGGGAUGAAGAGAGAAUAUGCGAAAAAGAUGUGA